UCCAGUGCUCACGUGCAGCCAGGGAAGAAAGCAAGUUUCAAAAUGAAAUUUAUUGUGCUUGCUGCCUGCAUCCUUGGGAUGGCCAUCUCUGCUCCUCUGCAGAUAUUUGAGGAGUUUGACAUCCAUUACGCUCCACCUCAGGCGGCCCAGGUUAUCCCUGCUGGAGUCCCACUUGACAAUCUGGAAGUUUUGCUCCCUGUUGAUGCCCAAAGACACCCUCUUGGAGGACCUGUCCACGGCUUUAUCAAGCACGAGAUUCCAAAUCCGAAUGGCAUAGGUACCAGGGAGGUGUUCUACCCCUUCGGCUUCAACCUGCCUAAUCCAGCUGCAGCUGACCCAGCUGCUCCAGUUGCCCCAGCUGCUCCAGCUGCUCCAGCUGCCCCAGCUGCCCCUGUUGCUCUUGCUGAUCCUGCCAUUCCUGUGGAACCUCUGAAUCCUGUCGUCGUUGCACCUCCCCCACGUGGCAAAGAUGAUGAAGAUGAAGAUGACUAA